AUGGAUUCCGUUGUGAUCCCCGUGAAGAAUGGCAUGCCUUACGUUGAAGAUUGCUUGGGCUCCCUCCUGAACCAGACAUUCGAAGGGACAUGGGAGGUAUGCGUGUAUGAUGACGGAAGUACCGAUGCAACGGUUGCCUGUAUUGAAAAAUUCGUUCCUAAAUUUGCUGCCCGAGGUGUACACCUUAAGAUCAGGAGCCGCUCAGAAAGUGGAGGAGUCGGUUAUGCGAAGAAUCGAGCUGUUGAAAUGGGCUGUGGUCGUUAUAUUUGUUUUUGCGACGCUGAUGACUUGUCACAUCCCUUGCGAAUCCAAGCACAAUACGACCUGGCUCGUUCUUGCGUGGACAGUUCAUCAGUCUUCAUAGGAAGCAAUUUUUGCCGAUUACCGCAAGGAUCAACAGAUCGGUAUACAAACUGGGCUAACGGCUUGUCUAAUGAUCAGCUAAGAUGUCAAGUUUUCACCUCUCACGGUCCUACCCUGAUCGCUCCGACGUGGUUUAUUUCUCGUGAUCUCUACGACCAAUUGCGCUGCUUCAAGGAAGACGUACGUACUGGCUACCCGGAGGACCUUGAAUUUUUCUAUCGAGCUCUUGAUUUACAAAACGUUACUUUCUCAAAAGUUGAAAAGAUUUUGGUCACUUAUCGUUACCAUGGAGGCUGUGCUUCUUUGGGUGUGCCUGAGAAUGCCAUUUGGAAGAUGCGUAUUGAUCGCUUCUGCUAUAAGUUCCUUCCGUUAUGGAAAACGUUCACGAUUUGGAAUGCUGGCAAGCAGGGGAAACGAUUUUUCAAAUCAUUAUCGGAAGAAUGCAAAGCACGUGUGGUGUCGUUCUGCGACGUCGAUGAGAAGAAGAUAAAUCGUGGAGUAUUUGAGGAAUACGAUGAGGCAGCUCGUGUGGUACGAUGGAGGAUACCGAUUGUGCACGUCAGGGACGCCCGGCCUCCAGUAGUGAUCUGCGUUAAAUUGGAUAUGACAGGAGGUGAUCUCGAACGGCUGGUAGCUGAAUCGGGUUGGAUUGAAGGGCGCGACUUCGUUCACUUCAGCUAA